GGCGCAAGUAAAUGCAUAGCCCUAAUGGAACAGAAAUAUGAGUACUCAACAAUAGGUGCAAGAAAAAUGGAGACCAGUAUCAAAUUUCAGUUAAUAAUUAUUGCCUGCAUAAACAUUGGCCAAGUGAUCGUCGGAUACAGCGUGGGUUGGUCUGCACCAAUCAUACCAAAGCUACAAAACACAACAGAUUCACCGUUAGAUGAACCAAUCACAGAUUUGGAAGCGUCAUGGGUUGGCUCUUUACUGUACAUUGGUGCUAUGGUCGGUCCAUACGUAACAGGAAUACUAUCAAACCUCAUCGGUCGGAAGCCAUGUUUACUUAUCGGUGGAUUCCUCAAUAUAAUAUCGUAUAUUCUCGUUGUAACAACAAAGAAUAUCGCAAUGGUUUACGCUAUUAGAGUAAUAAGCGGUCUAGGGAUGGGUAUUACAACCGUUGGCAAUAUUGUGUACGUCGGAGAAAUUGCGUCAACUCAUAUACGAGGUAUCUUACUAACAUCAACAUCAAUUGUUGGGAUUUCUGGUACGUUGCUGGUUUAUGCGGUUGUACCCUACGUCUCGUAUGUCACUACAGGAUACAUAGCGUUGGCAAUAGCCCUGCUACAUAUUACUGCUAUUGUCUUCAUAGUACCAGAGUCUCCUGUUUAUUACGCAAUGAAAGGAAAAGACAUUCAGGCAACUAAGACUCUCAACCGGCUUGGAAGGUCUGGUGAUGUCGAAAAAAUCCUUGAAACUUUCUCCAGCAAGCAUCAUGCCGCGACAACAAAAAUUGAGGAUUGGACUGAAAUAUUUACAAUCAAAUCAAACAGGAUGUCCCUCUUCAUAACGUUUACACUUGGGGCAUUCCAGCAAACCAGUGGUGUUGCAGUCGUAUUAUUCUUUGCGACAACCAUAUUUGAGUUAGCCGGGUCUACAAUAAGGUCUGAUGUAGCAACAAUUAUAAUUGGUGUCACAAGAUUAGUAUCAAGUUUGAUCGCACCUGCUUUUGUAGAGCGGUCAGGAAGAAAGAAACUUCUGUUGAUAUCUAUGGCUGCUUGCGCGUUCAGCUUGUCAUUAUUAGGAUUGUACUUCUAUCUGGACAGAAUUGGAAGUUCAUGGUUAGAAAGUAUUGGAUGGCUACCAUUAGUUGCACUAAUUGUAUAUUUCUUCUGCUACGAAGCAGGAUUUGGAACAAUACCCAAUGCAAUAGUUGGUGAGAUGUUCAGGGUCAAUGUGCGGUCGAACGGCUCAGCGUUAGCCAUCACAAUGACUUGGCUUGUCGGUUUUGCUCUUACCACGAGCUUUAAUAGCAUGGUAGAGGCUCUAGGUGGAGAUGUUACCUUCUGGCUCUUUGGUGCAUCAUGUAUCCUGGCGUUCCUCUUCACAUAUUUCUGUUUGCCAGAGACGAAAGGAAAGACUCUUAAGGAAAUACAAGAUAUGUUAAGUUAAUUCGAAUAUGAUAUGAUUACAUUUUUUUAUAAAACUA